AUGUCCCAAACUUCCGAGGGACAAUCGACUACUCUACCCUCCGAGAAAGGUCUGAAGCCGAUGGCAGAUUUGAUGAGAUCACUUGUCGAUAGAAGCAGACCUCCCCCCAAUGAUGUCCUCGCAAAGGCUUUCCAAGUGUUUUUCGCUACGCGGCUCGAAACACCAGGGACUAUAAACCUUUUCCAAGCUCGCCAUUUGAAUGUCACAUGGAAGCAUUUGAAGAGGCAACAAAGCGAGCUGGAGGAAGAAGAGUUCCAGAAUGUCUUCUCGAUCGAGAACCUUGAGAAAGUGCUGUAUGUGCUUAAUGAAUGUGAAAUUCCUCAGGAGGCUCGCGAGACCGUCCUGCGCAUUGGACGAUUCGCAUAUAAUGAAUUGUGCGUGGAUCAUGGAUUUGGCGCGAAUAAGGUUAGCAGAGAAGCUAUCAUCCUCUAUGUUAAUCUCACGGCUAUGAAUGGAAAUCCCGAUGAGGCCAGACAUACUGUUUUGAAGUAUAUGAGCCAAUUGCGCAAGGCUAAACCAUCGCCUUGGCUCACCGUGCUCAAAGGGUUCGCCCUGAAAGACGAUCUACGACAGGUGCGGAGAAUCGUCGAGGAAUUCGAAAACCAUGGCAACAAGUUUGAUAGCAAUUCACAUGUUGAGCUGCUCAAAUUCCUCAUUGACCAGGACCAGCUUCAUGCAGUCCAGACUGUCUACAAUUUCCCGAUCUCCGACCAACCCGAACCUUCCCUGGCCGCAAAAGAAGCUGUCAUCAAAUAUUGCAUCUUCAAGUCUCAAACCGAGUGGGCUUCAGCCAUUUAUGAGACUCUUCCCCAUGAUCCCAGCCCAGAUACUGCCAGGAUUAUGCUGCUUUGGGAAGCAGCACAGGGAAGUAACGCUUCUGCUAUUGCACAAAAGGUUGACGCAUGGCUUGCGAAGAACCCGCGACUCAAGUCAUUCGUCACAAUUGACGUUGUGAAUGAUUUGCUUCAAUUAGCCAAUGUUCUCGAGAGACCCCAGUUGGCUGCUGAUUUCAUGAAGUUGGCAGAACAAUGGGGCCUCACGCCGGAUGAGCAAACUUACACUUUGCAAUUGGAAUCCCGCAUCCAGGCUGGCGAUGUCAAGGAGACCCUGAAGCUUUUGGAAGACAAGGUCGACCCAAAUUCCCUCACAACUGAAAAUCUGCCACUUGCCAACAAGCUCAUCACGAUGCUUUGCCGGUCCGAAGAAAAGGACGCUUUGUUCCAACAAAUUUCCUCCCUCCUCGACCCUCUUUUCCAGGACAACGUCCGCCUGGACCCCAAGACUGUUGCAGCAUUGACACAUCUGCUUCUCUACCGCCACGACUUGGAGGCUGUCUCAGAUCUCUUGCGUCCAAGGCUGGGAGACUACGACGACGAAAUGAGGAUGUGGGUUCGGACCGCGCUUACCGACUUCAUUCUGGACAUGACCCAGACCGAUACAGAGGCAUGGAACGUCUAUGAGCUUCUGAAAAUUGCAUUCCCAGAGACAGGUGUCCCAAUGCGUACUAAGAUUAUGUCUUCUUUCUUCGAACGCCAGCGCAGUGAUCUUGCCGUCCAGGUAUUCGGACACAUGCGCCAGGCGGAGGAAUUCUCCCGUCGCCCCAAGCCAGACACCUACGCCCGCUGCUUUCAGGGACUGUCUCGCACGGCUGAUGCCACCAAUCUGGAACUUGUGCACAAUAUGCUGAAGCUGGACGUGGAAGUUGACCUAACUACCAGAAUUCUGAAUGGCUUGAUGAUGGCCUAUGCUGCAUGCGAAAUGCCGGAGAAGAGCAUGGAUAUCUUCAGACAAAUUCUUCAGUCUGAGCAAGGCCCUACUCGCCAUACCAUCAGGAUCUUCUUCAAGGUCUGCGAGAAGCAUCACAAUGGUGCCCAAGAAGCUUUGAAAAUGAUUGCCAAGGUCAAAAAGCUGGAAAUCACUCUGGAUCGCCCGCUAUACUCAGCAUACAUGGAAGCCGUGGCAGCGCAGUGCGAAUUCGAUCUGGCAACCGAGGCCAUCAACAACAUGGAGGCUGAGGUUGGAGUCCUUCCAACCAGCAAUACUAUUGGACUCUUCUACAAUGCUAUCCCGUAUCAGUACUGGAAGGACGAGGUUGAGAAAUGGGCAAUCCAGAAGUAUCCCGAGCAAUGGGAACACCUGGUUAAGACAAAUCGCACUGAGCACGAAGAGGGGCUCAAGUUCGAUGGCAUCGUCAAUGAGGUGGUGGUUUAA